GAAAUAUAUACCCUUUUCCUAGUUAUAUCACAUAUGUAUUUUUCACUUUUGCCAUAUUAGGUUAGAUCUCUCUUUCAAUUUACCCUCUCUGAAAAAUGAAGAGCUUAACCAAGAAGAAGAUGGGGGCAUUUACGUGCCACUCUCAGGCGUCGACCGCCGUUUGCAUGACGCCGGAUUCGCGCUCGGUAAUUGUCCCCGGAAGAAGAUCCCUCAGAGAGAGAAACAUAACCGCCACAACUACCAGUCUUGCUAGUACUUUUGAUAACCCUAGAGUACUCAACAAUAAUGCCAAGUACUCGAGGCUUGUUGAUCAUCAUCAUCAUCAUCAUCGUCAGGAUCAAUUGCGUACCAAGUUGAAUAUUAGUACUAAUAACAGUACUUUGGGUGAUUAUAAGAAAUCAUCAUCACUCUUUUUGCCUUCCAUCAAAAGAGAACUUGCUUUGAGGAAUAAUAAUAAUGUUAGCCACCAACAAGUUGGGCCUCUCCAGAAACCAUCAGCAAUACUUGAUUCAGUGCCUCACCAUGUAUUCCAGGUGGUUGUUAUGCGGGUCUCUCUUCAUUGCCAAGGAUGCGCCGGUAAACUCAAGAAACAUCUAUCCAAAAUGGAAGGAGUGACUUCAUUCAGCAUAGAGCUGGAAACAAAGAGGGUAACAGUGAUGGGACACGUCUCGCCGGCGGGAGUUCUGGAAAGCAUUUCGAAGGUGAGAAGAGCGGAGUUCUGGCCUUCCUCGGCCUGUUCUUCUUCUUCUUCUCCUUCUGCUGCGGCGGCGGCUAAGUAAUUAAGGUUUCAAAAAUUUUACCUCAAAUGGAACCCCAUUAUAAUUAAUUCCAUUGGAAAAACCCCUGCAGUUGCAGUCUCAUGAGAACUACUCAGAAAAAUCAGGGAAUUUCAAUGUUCUAUGUAUUUAUUUGUCCUUAAUUGUUAGAUUUUUCCAUUUAUAUGCUUUGUUGGCAAACUGUCCCAUGCAUUUAGAUGUUAUCGAUCGUGCAAAAUGGUCCUGCCCCUAAAAUAAAAAGAGGUAGGGAAACUGGGUUUGGUAGGUGAGACUUUGAUCAUGUGAGCAGUAGCUGUAUUGACAAUGACGUACACAAAUAAUGCAUGGAAUUCCCAU